AUGGCGGGCGAAAGCGACAAUAGGGAGGCCGUGAAGGUUGCAGUCCCGUCGAACGACCCAAAGAAGACGGGAAAGAAAGCCAAGGGGGUAGAGGAGAUGACUGAAGAUGACAAGAAGAUUCAAGAGAACAUCGAACUUCUUGUGGAGAGGACAUGCGAUAGUGACCUCGAUAUCGUGGCUCUGGCACUGGAGACACUCUCCCGCGAGCUCAAGGCGGCAACUUCCUCGAUGACUAGUGUGCCCAAACCGCUCAAGUUCCUCAGGCCCCACAUGGAUAGACUCGUCGACCGCUACAACCAACUUCCCGACAAAACAACUCUCAAGCGCGACUUUGCGAUGGUACUGUCGGUGACCUGCACAACUUCAGGGGACUCGCGGCGCUUAUCCUUGCACUUUUGUUUGGAGGCGGAGUGCAAGGAUGUCACUUCCUGGGGUUACGAGUACUUGAGAAACCUCUCUGGCCAAAUUGCGGGGGCCUUUGCAGAAUUGCAGCAGCAAGAGGCCCUGCCAGGUGCCGAGCAACAGAGCACAGCCGCGGAAACAGACGACAGCAAAACUGCUGUAACCACAGACGCUGUUGAAGUGGAUGGCCCCGGAGCAGCAACUCCAACAGCGAAUGGUGUAGCCAAGGAAGCAGCAGCAGCGGACAAACCCACCACUGGGCUUGCCUCUGUUACAGUCCCUCUGCCAACGGUGGAGCAGCUACUGCAGUUAGUGGAAGAGAUUGUACCCUAUUACAUGCAGCACAAUGCUGAAGUAGAUGCGAUAGACCUGCUGACAGAGGUGGAACGACCUCAAUCUCUCUUGUCUCUCCUGGAUGCAAACAACUACCAGCGGGUGGUAGCGUAUCUCUUGAGUCUCUCCAACUACGCAGCAAGUCCUGAGGAGGCUUUGAAGGUGCAAAUGGUUGCUUUUGACGCUCUCAUGAAGCAGCAGCAACACUUCGAUGCCAUGCGCGUGGCGCUGAGACUGGGGGAUCGUGCUCUCGUAGACAAGGUAGUAAAGGACUGUAGUGACCCCCUGGUGCAGCAACAACUCGCGCUGUUGCUGUGUCGACAGCGGGUAGACGUGGAAUUUGAAGAUGAAAAGCUUCAAAGACUUGCCAGCGGCAGCAAGACUUCUCCAUUCUUCCGCUUCUUGGCGAAGGAGCUGGACGUGCUAGAACCCAAGGAGCCUGAGGAUGUUUUCAAGAGACAUCUGGAGGAUCCUCAAGGCAGGCGAGCGCGUCUUGCUGGUCUGGAAAGCGCGCAACAGAACCUCGCUUCCUCUUUUGUGAAUGCCUUCGUCAACUGCGGCUUCGGGACAGACAAGCUUAUGACGACUGACGGAAACGUGUGGCUGUAUAAGAACAAAGACCGCGGGUUGCUCUCCACUACGGCCUCCCUUGGAGCUCUCUGCCUCUGGAACGUGGACGAGGCGUUGCAACAGCUCGAUAAGCACCAGUACAGCAGCGAUGCAAACAUCAAAGCCGGAGCUCUGCUCGGAUUCGGAGUGGCCAGUUGCAAUGUUCGUCACGAGUGCGAUGCUGCCUUGGCGCUGCUAAAGGACCACCUAGAGGCAACAGAGAUGACAGCUGAAACACCCCUCCUCAAGGCUGCGGCUGCUAUUGGCUUGGGCUGCGCUUAUGCAGGAAGUUGCAGGGAGGACGUUCUGGAACUCUUGACGCUAGCGAUUCUUGAUGGCUCGCUGCCGCUGGAGUGCUCUGCAUUUGCUUCCCUUUCAUUGGGUCUCUGCUUCGUCGGGAGCGCCUCGGCGGAUGCUGCUGAGGCUAUCCUCACUGCUCUUAUGGACCGCUGCACUACGGCGAAGGCGAUGGAUUCCCCACUGGGGCACUUCCUGUCAGUUGGUCUGGGCCUGGUAUUCCUUGGAACGCGAGAUGCUGCAGAGGGGGCUUUGUGCGCCGUUGCUGCAUUGCCGCACGCAGCGUUCUCUGCUGCUGCCACCCGGAUUAUCGAGGGCCUGGCAGCUGCUGGUAGCGGCGAUGUGCUAAAGGUGCAACGUAUGCUUGGUGUGUGUGCCGAAUGCCGCCCCGAGGGCUACUGGAAACAGAAACAAAAGGAGCUUAACAGCGAGCAGAAUCCAGAGGAAGCUACAGCAGAUAAUGCCGUCGGUGCAGACGGCGCAGCAACAAGGACUGACGGCACCUCUGCAUCCUCAGGGGUUAGAGCGGCUCCAGGCAGCUCAGCCAGUGACUCUACAUCUGGAGCAACAAAUACAACAAACACCACUACGGCCGACGAUGACGAGGACCACCCGGACGAUACGGACCAGGCUGACCACAUUCUUCAGUAUGCCGAUGCGCACAUGAAACGCGCAGUGCCGUUAGCGGUCGCGCUGCAGCACCCCAGCAACCCCAAGCCCCAGCUCAUAGACUUGUUGAGCAAACUUUCUCACGACGCUGACCCUGACACAGCCCUCAAUGCCAUCUUUGCAAUGGGUGUCCUUGGAGCCGGGACGAAUCACUCCCGCAUUGCUUCGCUCCUUCGUCAACUGGCAUCUUACUACGGGAAGGACCCUAGCGCGUUAUUUGUGGUGCGGCUUUCACAAGGGCUGCUGUAUUUGGGAAAGGGUCUGUUGCACCUGGGCGCUCUGCACUCUGACCGGCAGGUCAUAUGCCGCGUUGCUCUGGGCGCAUUAGCGAUUGUCUCAUACUCGGCACUCCUCAUGCGCCACACAAUUCUGGGGAAGUUUCACUUCAUGCUCUACUACUUGUUCCCUGCAGUACAGCCAAGGUGGUUAGUGAUGGUUGCCGAGCGCGUGGAAGGGGCAGGUUCAGAUGGAAAGCCCGACGCUGCUUCAAAGGCCGAUGCCGCCACUCUGUCAAAUGGUGAGGCGGGAGCAGCAGGCACAGACGCUGCCAUGGAAACGGAUGGCACAACGAACGGCAAGACCCCCUCAAUGGAGGGAGACGAAGACCUUAAAAUGCUUCCGGUCCCGGUCCGCGUCGGGGAGGCAGUCGACGUCGUAGCGCAGGUGGGCAGGCAGCCGAAGACCAUCACAGGAUUUCAGACCCACACCUCUCCGGUCCUGCUUAAUUUCAGUGAAAGAGCCGAACUGGCAACAGACGAAUAUCUGCCAGUCGCUCGCGUCCUUGAAGGCAUUGUCCUUCUCCGAAAGAAUCCAGAAUACCAGCCGCCAAAAGCCCCCUAG